GAACAGUUGCUAUGGUUACGUGGCUCGAAGAAGCAAAGCAACAGAAUCCAAGAUGGCGGCAUCUAGCGAUGUAGAUGUGAGUAGUUCGCUCGACCAAGAUGAAGACCCUUUGGUUGAAUUAAGCGACGAAGAGCUUUACAACCUUGUCCAAGAGACAAUACAUGCCAACGAUGUUCUUAGAAAUGAAACGACGAUGUUUGAGAAGUAUCUAAAAAGAGUUGACCCAAAAGAUAUUGGAAUAAAGCCUGCAGCUCCAGUUAUUGCACAGCCACCUGAAACAAGUCACAGAGGUCUGCGAAAGAGAUCACGAUCAAGGGGACCCUCUCUUGACAGACAUCUGAAACUGAGUGCUGAGCAGAAAUGUGACAUAGCCCAAAGGGAACUCGAAGAGCUAAGAGAUGACAUAGAGAAACUCAAGGAUGAGUCUGAGAAAAUAUUAGACAACUAUAGGGCAAUUAUGGAGGAAGCAGAAAUCAGAAAUGCUGAAAUAAAGAAAGUGUCUUAUGAAUUUGAAAGAGAUCUGGUGAAAGGAGCUGUCAACCAGAGGACAAACAAAGUAAUUGCAGAGAGAGUCACAAGAUAUUUUGAAGACAAGCUGCGUGCAAGAGACACACUAAUUGAGAAAUUACGACUCAAGAAUUCUACAUUAAAAGUACAGAAACGAAAGCUUCACAUGCAGUUGAAACAGAAAGAGGAGAUGGGCGAGGUCCUACAUGAGGUUGACUUCAACCAACUGAAGAUUGAGAACCAACAAUACCUGGAAAAGAUUGAUGAGAAGAACCAGGAUUUGUUACGUCUGAAACUCAUGUCUGGAAAUGUGCAACAGAUACUGAACACAUACAAGAAAAAGCUUCAUACCCUCACCAUGGAAUCUGAACGGUUACGGACAGAGAUAGGGCAGAGAAAUGAACUGCUGUUUAAGAUUGAUGCAGAGACAAACUUAGUACAAACGGAUCGGGAAAAGGCAGAAUUGCUGAAUGAAAGAUUGAAGCAGCAGCUUGCAGACUACAAAGUACCAGAUGUGAUGGAUUACGUUGGAGAACGCGCGAAACUGUACGAACUAAACAAGGUGGUCCGCAUGUGGGAACGCAAGGUGGAAAUUGCCGAGAUGGCGCUGAAGACAAACAGGAAGACCUGGCAUAAGAUGCAGGUUGAAGCGCAGGACAAGCAGAACCCGUGGCUAAAGGCCCAGGAAAUGGCCUAGAUAGGGAGUGUGGGAAUUAGGAUGUAUACUGUAAAUAGGGAAGGGCUUGUACAUUUACACAAGAUAAUAAAACAAUAUAAUUGACCUGCAAAA